GUCUUCUCAUUGCCUCUCUUUCUCUCUCUAUCUCUUUAUCUCCAAUUAUUUAAUAUUUUCUUUUUUUUUUCUCUUAAAAUAUAUAAAAUCUUUGAAAGAGAACUUGUUUUAAUAUGAACUACUUUCAAGCUGCUGUGCUUUGUAUGAAUGAGAAUAACCCAAUGCUUCAUUUUCUUGAGUGUAGAGUUUUGGUAGUUUGAUUUUUUUUUUGCCAUAUGGAUUUUGGGGUGGUGGGUUUGGAGGGGUUUAUAGGUUCAGAGACUGCAACUGGUUUUUCCUCUCUUGGUUCAGAUCAUCAAGAGACAAACCAAAAGUCGUACGGAUCUGGGGGUUUGUUCAAGCAAGAGAGAUCUUGCAACAAUGAAGAUGAGUUGAGGAGUUCAAAACUGGCCAAAAUUCAUGAUGAUUUUUCAUGCUAUUCAAAGCCAUUGAUGUUCCACCACAGAAAUACUUUAUUGAGAUCCAAUGCCUCUAUCUUCUUUGAUGAACAAGAAGAGCAACAAAUGCUGAGCUUCUCAGCCCCAAAACCAGAUGCUCUUUCAGCGGAUAGAAGCUCCAAAAAUGUCACAUUUCCUCACAUUUACCUCACAGGGUACAACAACGGAGGAUUUAAUGGUGCAAACAUGCAUGGAGUGUGUAAAGGUCCAUACACUCCAUGUCAAUGGAUGGAGCUUGAACACCAGGCUUUGAUCUUCAAGUACAUACUUGCAAAUGUGCCUGUACCUUCUAAUCUUCUCCUCCCUAUAAGAAAAUCCCUUGAUUCUACAGAUUUCUCGAGCUUUUCUGGUGAACUCUUCAGACCCAAUACAUCGAUGGGAUGGGGAGCUUUUCAACUUGGGUUCUCAAACAACACUGAUCCAGAGCCAGGAAGGUGUCGCAGAACCGAUGGAAAGAAAUGGCGGUGCUCGAGAGAUGCUGUUGCUGGCCAGAAGUACUGCGAGCGGCACAUGAACAGAGGUCGCCAUCGUUCAAGAAAGCCUGUGGAAGGCCAACCCAGCCAUUCCGUCACAGCCACUGCCGCCACUACUUCCAAGCUGAUGCCUAAUGUCUCAUCCUCUUCAGCAUCAGCGGUAGGGCCAGUUGGUGGUAGUGGUGAGCCCAACAGCCUCACCAGUGCUCGGCAGAAGUACGAGAAUUUGCAGCUUGGUGGCACAUCUAAUCUUUCUGCUGCAGCUUCACUGAACAGGUCGAUUCUGAAUAAAGACACUGUAGGUGAAAAAAUGCCUUAUAAUGCAGCAGGACUCUCCAUGAUAUCCCCCAAUGGUGACUUAAAAUCUAAAGAAAACCCUUUCUUGAUUCCAAAGCAACCAAUCUCAUACGAAGAGAACUUGAGAAAUGGGUUUGGAGUUGUUUCCUCUGGCGAGCUCAAUCCUUCCCAUAAAAGCUCUUCCAUGAUUAACAGCAGAAAUUUUGGUUCAUCUCAAGAUCUUACUAGUCAAGAAACUGAUUCCCAGCAAUCCUUUCGUCGGUUCAUUGAUGAUCGGCCUAAAAGUCGGUCUCAUUGCUCUGCCAUUUCCUGGCCCGAACUUGAUGUUCAAUCAUACAGGACUCAACUUUCCAUAUCAAUCCCCAUGGCUGCCUCAGAUUUCACGUCCACAACUUCCUCUCCCAACAACGAAAGUUUAACUUCGUCACCUCUCCGAUUAUCUCGUGAGUUCAACCCAAUAAACAUUGGAUUGGGAGUGGGUAAUGUAGUUAAUGAAUCAAACCAGAAGCAAGCAAACUGGAUUCCAGUCUCUUGGGGGACUUCUAUUGGUGGCCCUCUAGGUGAGGCUCUGCACAGUAACGGCAGCACCAUGGUGGACUUAAAGAACUCAUCAAUACUGAACCUAAUGACUGAGAGCUCGGAAAAUAGUCCUCUGGUCGGAUCAUCUCCAACUGGGGUCUUACAAAAGACAACCUUUGCUUCCCUUUCGAAUAGCAGUGCCGGAAGCAGUCCAGAGAAUAACAAGACUCAUGAAGGCGUUAGCCAUUGCAAUGAUCUCCUUGGUUCAAACCUUGUCGAAUCUUCCUCUUUGCCUGCUACAUAGCCAUUUCAACUAUUGGGAAGCCCCUAGGCUGUUGCAGAAGAAGGAACAGAAGCACGAGUUUCAUCUGUCGACCAACAUGGAACCAAUUAGUUAUGAAAGCUUAUAUUAUUAUGUUAAUCUCUUAAUUUUCGUACUUUUGUACUUGUCAGCCAUGGUUUGUUCCUAAAUGUUAUAGAUUAAACUAGGUUAUAUCGGAAAAAGAAAGUGGUUGCAGAUGCUGGAUGUUGCAUCUUACACUUUCUUAAUGUUAUUUCCUGAGAGGUAGAAAAUUAUUGUGGAUGCUGAAUUUUGAAUCUUGAACAUGUUGAAAUUUAAAUAGUUGCAUGAACCAAAUUAUGUUAAA